AUGGAGUCAAUUCUGCGCCAGUCGCGGUCCAUGUGCCCGUUCCUCUCCAAGACGUCCCCCGCCACGCUCCGCUCGCUUUCUACGACUGCUACCGAGCACCAUGUCUCGCCCGGCGCAGGCAGCAUGUCCAAUCUGCAGGUGCUUGCCAGGCGCUGCCCCAUCAUGGGCAAAGCGCUCGCCGUCCAGAGCGCCCGCAUCGGCAACAAUGCGCUUGCGGGCGCUUUCGGUGGCGCGCGGGCUUAUUCCACGCGUGUGAGCCGCGCUAGACUGCACACCUCGACAUCAAAGGAAGCCCAGGCCGUCGACAUUGAGAAGCUACGCUCCAAGCAAGUACCCUAUCCGGCUGCGAAGAAGCCGGCAGCGACUCAAGCAACGCAAACGACCGCACCUCCUACUCCUCCUGCUUCGAAAUUCGACUACGAUGGCUUUUACCACAACGAAUUGGACAAGAAGCACAAGGACAAAUCUUACCGCUACUUUAACAACAUCAACCGACUCGCCAAGGAGUUUCCCCGCGCUCACAUGGCCUCCAAGGAGGAGAAGGUGACGGUGUGGUGCUCCAACGACUACCUCGGCAUGGGACGCAACCCGCACGUGCUGAAGACGAUGCACGACACCCUGGACAAUUAUGGCGCGGGUGCUGGAGGCACUAGAAAUAUCUCCGGUCAUAACCAGCAUGCUGUGUCUUUGGAAGCCACCCUUGCGAAAUUGCAUGCUCAAGAGGCAGCGUUGGUCUUCUCUUCUUGCUAUGUAGCUAACGAUGCAACACUUGCAACACUUGGCAGCAAACUUCCCAAUUGUGUCAUUCUGUCUGACAGUUUGAACCACGCCUCCAUGAUUCAGGGCAUUCGCCAUUCUGGCGCCAAGAAGAUGGUAUUCAAGCAUAACGAUGUAGCCGAUUUGGAGGCCAAGCUCGCUUCUAUCCCACCAGAACACCCUAAAAUCAUCGCAUUUGAGAGUGUGUACAGCAUGUGUGGAUCUAUCGGGCCCAUUGAAGAGAUUUGCGAUCUUGCUGAGAAGUAUGGCGCCAUUACCUUUCUCGACGAAGUCCAUGCCGUCGGCAUGUACGGACCACACGGUGCCGGCGUUGCUGAGCACCUCGAUUACGAAGCGCAUGUAGCAGGCAAGCCGCAAGGUACAAUUAUGGAGCGCAUAGACAUCAUCACCGGAACUCUUGGCAAGGCAUAUGGCUGCGUUGGUGGCUACAUCGCCGGAUCUGCUAAGUUGGUUGAUACUAUCCGUUCUCUCGCUCCGGGUUUCAUCUUCACCACCUCUCUACCGCCUGCAACCAUGGCAGGCGCGAAGACCGCCAUUGAAUACCAGGCGAACUACCAAGGCGACAGGCGCCUUCAGCAAUUGCACACCCGAGCAGUCAAGGAUGCUUUGAAUGCAAAGAACAUUCCGGUUAUCCCCAACCCAAGUCACAUUGUGCCUUUGUUGGUUGGAAAUGCGGAAGUCGCUAAGAAGGCUAGCGACAUGCUCCUCGAGGACUGGGGUAUCUAUGUUCAAGCCAUCAACUACCCUACCGUCCCGGUCGGCCAGGAGCGUCUCCGCAUCACGCCCACGCCCGGCCACGUUCGGGAAUACCGCGACCAUCUUGUCGAAGCCGUGGACAGCGUCUGGAGCGAACUCGGUAUCAAGCGCACCAGCGAGUGGGCGUCCGAGGGAGGCUUCAUCGGCGUCGGCGAGGCUGGCGUCGAGGAACCGGAGCCUUUGUGGACCGACUCGCAGCUCGAAGUCGACACCGUCCUCAAGGAGAUGAAGGCUGGCGGGAGUGCCGUCAAUGUUCUCGAGGCUAUCCUCGAGAAGGAGCACCGUGCUACGGCACAGGCUGUUAGCGCUGCUGCUUAA